CCUAAGCCUGUUUAUGGAUGGGAUUUGAACUGUGACUGAAGGAGUGAGAUGUUUUUUUAUUUUGUAUAACCUCGUGUUCCCACCCCAUCCCGCAAUGAAAUAUAUUUUGUUUCAAUACCCGGUGCAGUAGAUGGCGGCAACAGACCUACACCAAUAGGUGUAUUCUGCCAAACAACCUUAAAAAGAAAAAGAAGAAGAAGAAGAAUAUGACAGCGCAGCGGUUGUUAUGGAGAAGCAUUUCCCCUGAAGGCUGGAGAAACAUUGGAGAGCUGGCGUUGGGAACAGAAAGCAGCUGAUCGGUUUCAGACGGGCUGAGAACACGAGCUCGCGCUUCUGUCAGACUGAAUGAACUUCAUAGGUGUCAGGGGAGGGAGGUAGAAUGUUAUGUAUUCUCAGCAGCACAAUGGAUCCUUGAGACGCCUUGAUGCCGGACUCUUCCUGGUUUCUGAAGCACCACCUGCACUGGCCUAUUACAGGACUAGAAGACUGACAAGUGAUCCAAUCCCAUGCAGCCCCCACCUCUGACCAACCUCUGCCCUUCCAUUCUCUCGUACUAUUGCACUCUGAAUUAAGGUUCUCUGCAGUAUUAGUCCAAAUGUCUUUAUUUUUUAUUUAUUUUUUACCUCAUUGAUAUAUAUAUAUAUUUUUUACAGGGACCUCACGAUACAAUACUUAGGCGCCGAUAUGUAUUGUGUUUCUCAUGAUAGUUAUUGUGAUUUGAUACUGUGAUUUUAUUGCGAUUUUGAUGUUCCAAACAUUGCUCACCACAUGUCGGCUGCAGAGAGUCAAGAGAAAGCAAGAGAAAAUUAGUUUUGAUCUUUCAUGGAAAUAAGUGGUGAAAACAUGUUGGCUCACUAUUUAAGAAGAAGAUGGAGAACAAGCUAUAGGAUGACUAGUGCUAGCUAAUGCUUCCUAGCAAGAAAAAUACAUUACAAAUCGAAAGUAGCGAUUUAUAAUGGAACUAUAUCGAUUUAUCAUUAUAUUUUUUUAGCAGUGAUAUGGAUUUAAGGACUGAAAUAUGGUUCAAAGUUUUUUUUUUUACUUUCUACUGCUAAAAUCCAGAACCAGAUCAGACCAGUGAAACAGGACAGGGGAGGGGGUGGGGGGAGGGCUUUGGCGUGGCAUGGCAGAGCACGGCGAGCUGCUCGGUGAGAUGGCCACGAUUGGGCGUCUGAGCGCCACGGAGCGCUUGAAGCAUGCCCAGAAGCGGCGUGCCCAGCAGCUAAAGGGCUGGGCCCAGAUGGACAAGGACAUGGCCCGCGGCGAGGGCAAGGCCGGCCAGAAAAGCAACAAGAAGGGGCGCACGCGCAGGGUGGUCUUCCCCAACAACAUCACUCUGCUGGAGGCUGCAGCCCGCAAUGACCUGGAGGAGGUGAGGGAGCUGCUGAACGGUGGAGUCAGUCCAGAUCUGUACAACGAGGACGGACUCACUGCCCUUCACCAGUGCUGUAUUGAUGACUUUGUGGAGCUGGUACAGUGUCUGUUGGACGCCGGGGCCAGUGUGAACGCCUGUGACAGUGAGCUGUGGACGCCGCUUCACGCUGCUGCCACCUGUGGACACACAGACCUGGUGCGGCUUCUCGUGCAGUCUGGAGCAGAGCUGCUGGCUGUCAACGCUGAUGGCAACAUGCCCUAUGACCUUUGUGAGGACGAGGCCACUCUGGAGCUGCUAGAGAUGGUCAUGGCAGAGCAGGGUAUAACCCAGGACCGUAUAAACCGGUGUCGUGGGGCUAAGGAGAUGAAUAUGCUCACAGAUCUUCGAGUGCUGGUCCAGAAUGGAGCGGACCUGAACGCUCAGGAUGACAACGGGGCCACGCUGCUGCACAUAGCGGCGGCUAACGGCUACUUGUCGGUGGGGGAGCUGCUACUGGAGCACCGGGCCAAGGUGGAACAGAAGGACACGGACGGCUGGACACCACUCCACGCCGCCUCCUGCUGGGGACAGAUCCUGAUGGUGGAGCAGCUGGUGGCUCAUGGGGCCAGUCUCAACACCAAGUCUGUCCUGGAAGAGACGCCGCUGGAUGUGUGUGCUGACGAGGAGGUGAGGGUCAAGCUGAUGGAGCUGAAGCACAAACACGACGCAAUCAUGAAGAGUCAUGACCGACACAAGGGCACCUUGCAGAGACGAGCCUCCAGCACUGGCAGCAGAGGUAAGGUGGUGCGGCGUGUGAGCGUCAACGAGCGUUCCAGCCUGUACCGGCGGGAGCACCACAAGGAGGCCAUGGUGUGGCAGGAGAGAGGCCGGCAGGCCGAGCCGCAGGACGACGACGAGGACAGACAGACGGACAACGAGCUCCACCAGCACGUUGCCAUGGCUGCAGGUACCAUGUCGAGGCUGGAGAAUGAGGAGGGAGCGGAGAGGAAUUCUAGUCUGGGGAACGGUGGGACGCCCCUUGCCCUCUCGGCGUCUGUCCCAGGGGAGAAGUGGAGUGGAGGCCGGAUGGACCGCAGUGCCUCCUACCAGCUGAGCCCUGCCUCAGGGUCUGGGGAGGAAAGGGACAACAUGACCCUGGAGAAAUCCCACCAGACUCUAGCGGACCUGAAACGCCAGCGGGCCGCGGCCAAGCUCAACAAGUACCCCGCCCCACCUCUACUCCCUCCCUCAGAGGAGGAACCUCCCUCUCCCACCCCUCUGCAGGAGGUGACCCCCUCCCGAGCUGUCCAGGAGACCCCCAGCACAGAGGAGGUGGCCUUUCCCCGCUCUGUGUACUUCACUCCAGCCAGCGGGGACCCGCCCCUGCUCAAACUACGAGCCCCAGAGGAGGACACGUCCAACAACACCAAGGAGCCCUGCUGUGGAAUCAUGUAGAGACAUACGAACACUCCCAAGCCACAAUGUAGAGACACACAAACACUCCCAAGCACCCACUGCCUGACUGGAAAUGAGGGGAUGUGUAACACUCCUAUGUGGCAAACCGAUUUCAAGUCAAAACACUACGGUGACCACCAGAUAUACUUUUAAGGAUUCAUUGCAGUUUGAUUCGUUCUAAGCAUAUUAUUUGGUUCCGUCAAUGAUAUGCCGUUGAAUGUUUGGUCUUAACUCCAUUUUAGUAAAUGUAGUAGUACAUUUUAUCUUCUUGCACAGAUUUAUUUUAAACUCUCCUUCCUGAAAAAUGUCAAACAUUUAAUAUAUGAGCACUUAACAUAAUGUUCCUCAUUGCUCCUCUGAGGGUGUGGCCAGAUCCAUAUAUUUCCAUAUGGAUAUUGCUCUGGGUCUAUUUGGAUCUCAGGAGACCUUAUAUGGCCACCUGGUGGCUUUUUAGGCUGUGUGUGGAGACCUACAGAUACCAGUAUUACUCUUGCAAUAGCACUGAGUACUUUCCUCUUAAGUCCCUUUUUUCAUGUGUGUUUGGGGCAGUUCAAUAAGAGUUCUCACACUAGGAUGUAUCAAGCACAUACUAUAUGAAUUGGUCAUCUGACUUCAGUGAAUAAGAUGUGCUUAUUCAAAGCAGAAAGGGGCAAGAGCAGAAUGAACCAAACCUGAUUAUUAUGCUUUUUUUCAAGAUGAUAAUCGGACCAAUGAAUGAUCUUUCCUACUUAUGAUUGACUGAACAUGAUUUAAGAUGCACUGUAACUUACUUGAUGUGCACUAUUGAUUGAAGGGAAGCACAGAUUAUGAUCGAGAGUGAGGCGAUUUCCUAAAGUGAUUGAUACAAAAGGGUACAUGAUAGCAUUUAUUGAUCUUACAGUGCAUCCUGGAAGUAUUCAGACCACUUGACUUUUUCCACAUUUUGUUUCAUUAGUCUUAUUCUAGUUUUUCCCCCCUCAAU